UAGAUUUAUAUUUAGUAAAAAAUUUAUCAUUAGCAAAAAAUUUUAUUCAAAAUUUAUCUUCAAUACAUUUUGAAAAUUUGAAUGAAUUAUAUGAACUUGAUUUAAGUUUUAAUCAAAUUAAAAUAUUAAAUGAAAAAACAUUUCAAUAUCUAGAUAAUUUACAUAUACUUCAUUUAAAUUCUAAUCCUUUGGAAUUUAUUCAUUCAGAUACAUUUUUUAAUUUAACAAAUUUAAAACAAAUUAAUUUUCAUGGUGUUCAAUUUAUUCAUUUACUUGAUCAAGAAUAUUAUCAAUGGAUUUGGAGUUUAGCAAAUUUACAUAUUAUUCAUUUAAUCAAGACUGAUUUUGAUUUAACUGAUGUUGCUUUUUGUAUCUUAUCACGUUAUAAUCAAACAUUAUUUCGUUUAUCACGACAAGAUUCUUGUUCAUGUAGUAUUCAUUAUUUUAAUCGUAAUCAAUAUAAUAAUGAAAAUACUUCAUUAACAAUAACAGAAUAUGAUACGAAUUAUUUACGAUUAACUCCUAUAUGUAAUGAAAAUCAUAUAGAAACAAUUAUGGAAUAUAAUGAUAGUAACGAUGAUUUAAUUCUUCAAAAUUUAGAAGAUAAAUGUAAUUAUAAAUUAAUGUAUCUCGAUUGUGAUGCAAUGACAACAACAACAACAGCAAUACCAACAGAUAUAACAACAUUGUUAAAUGAAGAAACUGAAUUUAUAUCAAGUUCAGAUGUCUCUAUGGAUCUAACAACUGAAAUAACAGAAUUACGAUCAAAACCGACUGUUUUCGGACCAACAACACCCAAUCCUUUAAAUAAUGUUCGAAAAUUAUUUACUGUUCUUGCUACUUUAUUAGCAAUAACAAUUGGUGCCAUUCUUCUUGUCUUUUUUUGGUAUCGCUUUAAAGCAAUGUUAAAACGACGAAGAAAAAAGAAAAAAUAUAUUGAACGUCAACGACAUUUUAGUUCAUCCAGUAGUCAUACACGCCGUCCAUCAGUACCACGCUAUGCUUCAGUAGAUAUGUUCGAUAGUAUACAGAAUACAUAUCUAUUGGGUAGUAAUAAAAGUCAGUUCGAAGCAUUAAUUGAACCACUACCAAUGUCAUCAUCAUUAAUUUAUAAAAAUAUUGAUACAUUUGGUAAUGAAUUGAUUGAAGAUUUUAUUGAUGAUGAUAGUCUAAAACAUACUCCAAUUGGAAUAACAAUAUGA